AUGUCUAAUGCUGACAACUUUGACGACCACCCUUCCAACGAGCAUGUUAUAGAUCCUAUCAAUGCCGCCUAUAGGGAUGCCCUUCUAGAAAGGUACAAUACAAAUGACAAUAAGAGCGACAAGGAGAACAGUCGUAGCAACGAUGUUGAUACCCAAUUUUAUGACAAAUUUAAAAGAUCAAUUUAUAAUAAAUCUUCCAAUUUUGACAACUUGGAUUCGCCCAGUGAUUUAGAUUACACCGAUGAUUCAGAUUACACAGAUAGAGCAGAUCAAACAUUUGUUGUUCGUAACUCAGAUUCAGAUUUUGACGAAAAAGAAGAACAGGAAGAAGAAGACCUAGAUGAUGAGUUUUUGGAAGAUGAUAGUGAGGAAGAUGCAAAUGAUUAUCUGAUUGACGAUUUAUUAGACACUACUACCACUCUACCAGAUAAAGUGAAAAAGACCAGAUAUUACGAAUAUAAUGAAAGAGACACUGAUAAUAAUUUAGAAUCAGAUGACCAAGAAUUAGAAGUUGAUUCUGAGUAUGACGGUGAUAUUGAUAAUAUAAUAUCAAUAGAACCUCAAUUUCAAUGGUUUAGACUAAUUUUAAUAGUCCUAAUAUUAACUGUUCUAUUACCUGUUGUACCUAUAUGUUUCAAAUUCGCAAGUACCGUCGGUAAGUCUAUUGUUAAUCAACCGUUUCAUUCUCAAAAUUCAAAUAUUGAUAUGACGGGCUCAUUUGGAACAUUACAAAAACAGAUCAAUCACUUAUAUAACGAAUUAAGUGUAAAAGAUGAAAGACAAAAAGUUGAAUUUGAUGAAAAAAUUAAAAUAAUCAUAUCACAAUUUGAGAAAAAUAUUAAAAAAUUAAUACCAAAAAAAUUGUUAACCUUUGAAGAUGAGAUUAAAGAAAUGAAUAAAAAGUUAAAUGAUCUGACUAAGAAAUAUGAUUUAAUUAAUACUCAAAGGGUCCCUAACCAUUUAGAUAACGAUAAAUUAGAAGCUACCAGAUCUCAAUUGUUGAAAAAUCUUGAUUUGUCAUUACCAAAUAAUAUCUCUAUGGAUGCAACAAACAAUUUAUUGGUCAAGGAUGUCGAUUUACAAGACUUCAAGAAGUUUGUAUCUAACUUCAUUAUAUCAUUAUUCGAUGAAGUUAUGGAAACAAAUUCAAUCAUAUUAUCAGGAAAUAUAACACUAGAUCACACUAUCAAUUCAUACAUUGAAGAAAUCACUAAUGACAAAUUAAAAAUGUUUGAUAAUACAGCUUCAAUCAAUGAAUUAAAACGGAAUAUCGAAGAGAUGAGAGUAGAAUUAUGGCAUGAGAUCAAGGAAUACUUUUCACAAGUUACAAACAAUAUCGAUUUGGGAAACUCUCAAUCUGUUAAUCAAAUAUCCACAUCCUUUUUGAAAACUAUAAUCUUGCAAAUAUAUAAUUCCAAUCGUUAUCAAUGGGAAAACGAUUUAGAUUUUGCUACUACUGUUCAAGGUUCAUCUAUAAUUUCGAGCCUAACCUCGCAAACCACCCCUAAAGGAAAUGGACUAAAGCCAUUGGCUUUGUUGUUAGAUUCUGUUUAUAGUUCUCCAUCUGCCUACUGGCAAGGCAGAACAUCCAAGGGAAAUCAGUGUCGAGUUGCUAUCAAAUUCAACAGACCAUUACAUUUAACAAAAUUAUUCUACAUCCAUGGCCGUCUGGUAAACAAUUUACAUAUAAUGAAUUCCGCUCCACGUGAUAUAUCAAUUUACAUCCUGUUACAAAACGAUAGAGACCAAACAUCAUUUGUGAAAGAGGCUCAGAUCCAGGGACAAGGCGUACUGCACCCUAAGGACCGCCGAUUUGUCAGGAUUGGAACAUUUACAUAUGAUUUGAAGAGUCUAAAAGUAAGACAACAAUUUCAAUUACCUAGUUGGUAUAUCAAUUCUAAACCAUUAGUGAAAGCUAUACUAUUCGAAAUAGAUAACAAUUAUGGGAAUGGACACUUUGUAUCAUUAAAGAAAUUCGUCAUAAACGGUGUCAUCGAAGAAGAUCUGGAUAUUAUUAAAUCUGGAAUUUUCCCGUUAGAUUUUAACAAUGGUAAUUAUGUCCCAGAAUACGAUUCCGAUGAUUUUAAUAUAUCUACAGAACACAUAUCAUCAUCAGCAAAGGGUGUAGCCUCAUUUGGGGAAGAUCAGCCAGUUAAUUAA